UUUUCUUAUAAAAUGUCACGAAUGUCUCCUCUAUGUACAUGGACAGUCACAUCAGACAACUUUCAAACGCAUCCAAAAAACUGGAGGGGAAGAAGAGUUCAUCAUACCGACUCUUCCUUUCCACCCUGUUCGCCUUCCUUCCCGGUGUCCCAAGCCUCCUGCUCUUGUCACUUCCUCUCCACGUCGUCAGAGCUCCUCCCAGCCCUCCGUUAGGACGGCUCUGCUGGCUGCACGCUGUCCUGGCUUCUCUUCGUCUGGGAGGGCCUUGGACGCCCCGUCAGUCUGGAGGAUAUUCACGGUUUCACCGAAUAUCAAAUCCUGGAUCGACAGUUCUUUUCUCUCAGUGCUUGAAAAUGUUUUGUCCUGAGACAGAAGGAAUUGACUGGAGAGAGAGCAGUUACUACUGAGUCAGAAAAGAAAGAAAGAAAAUUUGUGUCACUUGCAUUUGGCCUCUGGUUUCUGCUGAGGAAUCUGCUGUCAUUGAACUUGCUUUUCGGUGCAGACGUCCUUUCUCUCUGGCUGCUUCCAGGGUUUCUUGCCGUCUGUCUGCAGAAGCUUCGCUGGAACGUGUCCAGGGGUGGAUGUUUUCUGACUCUACCUUGUCUGGGGCUUGCUCAGCCCUGGAGUCUGCAGCUUCGUGUCUUCUCUCCAAAUAUGACCAUAGUGACCCCAUGUGGACCAGAUGAGUACCCGCAUGAGAAUCUCUGCUGCAAACUCUGCCCAGCUGGUCACCAUGUCAGCAAACACUGCAGUGUGAACCAUGGCAUUGCAGAAUGUGCAGAGUGCGAGUCCAGAACCUUCAGUGCCCACCCCAAUGGCGAGACCACCUGCCAGUCCUGUGCCCUGUGCCGCGAGGACCAGGAGGUGGUGGUGGAGUGCUCCUGGACCAGCGAGCAGCUGUGCCGCUGCAAGCAGGGCGUCUUCUACUGCGACUCUGCACACUGCACCGAGAGCUGCUUCCGCUGUAGCAGGUGUCCUGAAGACAUGGCCGUCCUCCAUCCUUGCAAUGCCACGGCAGACACUGUGUGUGCCCAAACUAAAGCAGAGCCAGGAAACUCAAACUGGAUUUAUGUGCUUGUGGUUGUCAUCGUCAUCGUCUUCAUCAUCGGAGUUGGAGCAAUCUAUUUGUGCUGUAAAAGAAACGAUGUUCUGCGUCAUGUUGCCAAGUUCUUCAAAAGUAAGUACGCUUUCACUGUUGGAAGAGUCGAAUGA